CGCCCAGCUCCUGGGCUGCGCCGAAGGAACCACCUGCGCCAGGCACGCGCGGCUGACCGUGGGGGCCCCAUUCGCUUAGUCGUGGGAACUCCGCCCGGGCCGGCCGUCGCUUUUCUACCGGCGCAGAGAAAGGGGAAGGAGAAGGGCAAGGGAGGAAGUGGUCGCCGCCCUCAGCCGGCCGGUUCUCGCUGAGGCGCCAGAACUGUCGCGUCGCCGUGAGAGGAGCCUGUCUCCCCACAAGCGCCGGAAGGAGGCUGGGGCAGGACCCCCGGCUGACUUGCCGGCCAUAAGGAGGUAGCUCGACUUGUCUGAGGUGAAGCUCGGCAUGGCCGCCGCCCCAGAACAACACUCUGAUGCUUGCAAUGUGCUGAUUGUAUAUGGAAAAGAUGCUGAUGAAUGGUGUCAGUAUCUUCAGAGUCUCUUGCACUCAUGCCAAGAAAUUCAGAGCUCUAAAGUGGAGAGUAGACCUUCUAUUUCCAUGGAGGAACAGAUUCUCUUCAAGAACAGCAAGUGUAUAAUUAUUCUACUGUCAUCUGAAUUGGUACAGAGCUUCUGUAUUCCUGCUGUACUUCAGAGUCUGCAAAAUGUUCUACAACCUCCAUCAAAAGUGGUGAAAUUUUUCUGUGGUGUUUCAGCAUGUGAGAAUUACAAUGAGUUUUUCAAAGACUGGUCUCAAUGGAAAGAGCUUACCUAUGAUGAUGAACCAGAGACCUAUGUUGAUGCAGUCAUAAAAGUUAUUUCAGAAGCAGAUUCUGGUUGUGAUUCAGUGGCUGAUGCAAAGAAGGAGGAUGCUGGGAGUCUACAAGUGUCAUACAAUUUUCCAGCCUGUCAGGCCCGUGAACCUUUAGUGACCAGAUUAGAAAAUCUUGUUGCAGUGCAGCCUGAUCGUAUACGCUGUGGGGUGCAGACAACCAUUUUUAUAAUCCUAAAGUGUAAAUUGGAUAGACAAAUAAAAAUGGAAGUGGAAUUUUCUUCUAAGAGCUGUCAGCCACUGCGACUAUCAGCAAAUAUCGAGAAUGAAUAUACAGUCUCCGUUUACACACCAGACUUAUCACCUGGAACUGUAUGUUUGAAACUGUUUUCUGGAGAUUUAAUGAUAGCUGAAUCAAACAUCAAUUACUAUACUGACAUGGAAGAAAUAAGUAACUUGUUGUCUACUGCAGCAAAUCCAGUGGAAUUCAUGUGUCAGGCAUUUAAGAUUGUACCCUAUAACACAGAAGCUCUGGACAAAAUCCUCACAGAAUCAUUGAAAAAAAACCUUCCUGCCAGUGGUUUGCACCUCUUAGGAAUCAACCAAUUGGAAGAAGAAAAUAUUACUAGUCAAAGAGACGAAGAGCUGCCAACUCUGCUGCACUUUGCUGCAAAAUAUGGUUUAAAAAAUCUCACAGCCCUGUUGCUUACAUGCCCAGGAGCUCUGCAGGCUUAUAGUGUUGCCAACAAGUAUGGUCACUAUCCUAACAACAUUGCUGAAAAGCAUGGCUUCAAAGAUCUCCGUCAAUUCAUUGAUGAAUAUGUGGAGACAGCCGAUAUGCUGAAAUCUCACAUAAAAGAGGAGUUGAUGCAGGGGGAGGAAGAUGGCUCUAUUUAUGAGUCCAUGGCUCAUGUCUCUGCUGACCUUCUGAUGAAAUGUUCACUGAACCCCAGUUGUGAUGAAGAACUCUAUGAAUCCAUGGGUGGUUUGAUCCCCAGCUCUACAGAGGACUUAUAUGUAGAAAUGCUUCAGUCAGAUGCUAAUAAUCCUCUUUCACGGACAACCAAGGACUAUAUGAUGCGCAGAUUCUUAGAAGGUGUUAAUUUGGAGAUACCAGAACCUAAAGAAGGUAUCUACCAUCAAAGUGAAGACAAAGAUGUCUAUCAUACUGUGGAACAAGAUAGUUUUCCCCAGGAAAUGGUCAACAGGCCACCUGUUCCUGUUCCAAGACCUGAUCCCUCCUCCAUACAACAAGACAAAGAACCAUACAUUUAUAAAGUAUUUACAGAAAAAGAUCAAGAGAAAUCUGGGAAUCUUUAUGUUUCUGCAAAAAAUAUUAGCAAAGAACAAAUAAAUACUGUUUCAAAUCAGCCUCAACAGAGUAUAUAUGACCCAUUUGCUGGAAUGAAGACUCCAGGUCAGAGGCAGCUGAUUACUCUACAAGAGCAGGUGAAGUUGGGGAUGCUCACUGUAGAUGAAGCUGUCCUGUGUUUCAAAGAGUGGCAGUUAAAUCAAAAGAAGAGAUCAGAAUCAUUUCACUAUCAACAGGAAAAUCUAAAACGGUUACGUGAUAGCAUCACUCGACGACAGCUUGAAAAGCAAAAGGCUGGGAAGCAUGCAGAUUUGGAAAUUACUGUACCAGUUGGACAUUCUCAGAUUAUGCCAAAGAAACCAGAGUGUAGCAUUUAUGAAUAUAAUCCGAGGAAAAAUCUUUUCCCAAGUAAAGAGAUAAAGCGAGGGGACUGGAAAACAGAAAGCACAUCAAGUACUGCAAGCAGUUCAAGUAACCGAUCAAGUACCCGAAGUCUAUUGAGUAUCAGUAGUGGGAUGGAGGGUGACAAUGAGGAUAAUGAGAUACCUGACAUGAAGAGAAAUUUCUGCUCUAGAAACUUGCAGGUAGACAACCAACUUUCCAUUUCACUUGGAAGGCCUCCAAGAAUACCUCCUCGAAUUGCUAGCAGAUUAUUGAACACUGACAACUUCCAUCCACCACCUGUGCCUCCAAGAGGUCGUGAUAAGUUACACUAAAUCUUUUGGAUAUUAAAAACUGAAACAUGAGAAUGACUUUUGAAUGGUUAUGCUGUAACUCUAAUCAGCAUAUCAGUUCACCCCUUGUGAAUCUCAAAUGAAUAGUUUUGGUAGAAUUUACUCUAAAAAUUGAAUCAAGAGUGAAUGAACAAAAAUUCAUUUAGAACAAACUGCUAGAACAUGAAAAAAUAUGUUGAAUUUAUUAGAAUUCUUAGAUUCUAAUUAUACCAGACUAAAGGUGUCUCAAUAAUUUCUCACAUAUUCCUAAACUUCAGAAUGGAGUAGCUACCAGCAGAUAUUUUUUGUCUGUUUAUCCACAAAUAAAGUAGCCAGUGAUGCUGUUCUGAAAACAAAUUUACUCUGUUGUAGAUAACUAUACUUUCACAAUAUAGUGAAACUACAGUGCCUUGUAUUGAAUAGUGCAAUUCAUUUGAAAUUUGUCUAAUUUCUUAAUGAUUUUAUGAUAAUUUCAUAUUCAGAAUUCUUUAAUUGAUGUGUCUGGUUGCUGUUCCAGUAAUACAAUACUGAGAAAUUUUCUCUUCAGAUCGUAUAACUUAAAUCAAAGAGUCUCUAUAUGAGUCAUCUAUAUGAGUCUUGAAUCUGUAUUAUUUCUAUGAGAAUAUGCCAAGAAAUACUUAGCAGACCAUGAAUAUAAAGAAACUUGGUUCUUAUUUCUGAACUUCAAUAAAAUUUGUGCACCAAUCUCAACAGACAGGGAUCACAUCAUUACUAGAAGACAUUCUUGUUCCCAUUGUAGACAGACUCUAUCCAAAAAGGCAGCUUGCCCUGUUGGUUUGUGAAAAAAUGUAAUAGCACAGCAUGAGAUGGAGAGGACUGUAUCUACAACCUAACAAGAUGGAACAGCUGCCAGGCCCUAUUUGCACUGAGUUUCAAGAUAUAUUCAGGUAAUCCUUGGGAUGGCAAUUGGGACCAGAAUUUCAUUUCUAAGUGAUACAGUGCUAAUGUGCGACAUCCCUGAACAAAGUUGCUUAGCAAUGGAAAUUCUGGCACUUCCAAUUGCCAUCAUUAAGCAAAUCAUCAUGGGUUGUUAAGCAAGGACAUCAUGUACUUCUUAUUUGUGACCUCAUGCUGGCUUCCCUAUUGACCUUGUUUGUAGAAAGAAGGUUACAAAUGGCAAUCAUGUGAAUAUGAGGAUGCUGUGACAGCUGGAACUUUGAGGACCAGUCAUAAAUAUCACUUGUUCAGCAUUGUUGUAAAUUUGAAUUGUCACUGAACAAGUGCUUGCUAAGCAAGGAACUCCUCCUGUAUGAUAUGUCAUACACUGUAUAUGGUUUUUAAAAAGCUCAGCCUGAACACAAAUCCACAGGAUUGAAAUUCUAAAGACAGUUCCCUUUUCAGAAUUUUCAUUUUUUUUUCUUUAAAAAGAAAGAAAUACAUUCGGAAGCUCAUUGAUGUAACAUGCAGGUAUGAUCAAGUUAUUUCCAAUUUGGUACAUUUGUUACAGAAUUUAAUAGGUGAAAGAUUUACUCUUUACUAUAAUAUAUGAUAAAGUAUAUCAGACUUGGCUAUUUUAACUGAAGCCCUGAUUAUACUGUUACAGAGCAAUUUCCAGGGACACCUAGUAAGGACUGGCCUUUGCAAUACCUCAACUUAUUUGAAAACAAAGGAGAGGGUUUUUAGGAAGGUUGCUUUGUGCAAAAUGUGUUGAGGUCAUACAGAUUUUACAGGACAGUACAUUCCGCAUGGAUAGGCAGCUAUUAAAAAGUUUUGUUUCUAGGUUCAUUCACACUUUUUCUCUUGCAUGACUAACUUUUAAGACACUUGGCAACCUGUUUGCACUUAUGAUUGGUUGCCAAGCACCUCAUGAUCAUGUGAUUGCUAUUUUCCAGCUUCUCCAUGGGCUUCCACAGAAAGCUGCUGCUGCCUGCCGAUAGGACUCCCUCUCAUCUCAGGGGGCCUAGCUGAAAGACCUGCCAACUAAAUGGAGCUCAAGCCCUUUACUGGGCUUCAGAAACAGGGCUCGGUUCCUGAAGACAUGAGCCCUGUUUCUGCAGCCUGGCAGAGACAUUCUCUUCCACACAGACAGGAAAGCUAAGGCUCUGCUAGUCUGCAGAGACAGGGUUUAGAUGCCAAAGAUCCAAUCCCUGUUUCUGCAGCUCAAUGGAGGGGCUGACCUCCACUUGGCAGAUUUAUAGCCUUCAGAACAAUGAUGUUCACUAGCUUUCUACCUUUCCUGGGCUAGAAAGACUAGUGAAUCCAAGUUGUGUGAGCCUUCCAUUUGCAAGAAUGUUGCCCACUGCCAGAUGGCACAAAAUGGCUUUGGUAGGAAGGCCAAUCACACAUCAGCUGGGCACACUUGCAGCUACAGGCAAAGGUAAUGGACCUGAGCUUGGUGGGGGUGGGGAGAGAGCCUGGGCCACCUGGAUGUGCUGGGCCACAGAGAGCACCUCUCCCUGAUGCUCUGCUUAAUGACUUGCACAAUCGCUUGGCAACUCAACUGGGAGAGCUGGAAUUGUCGUCACUGAAUGAGUGACCAUAUGGCUGUCUGCUUAAUGACCACUUUACUCAAUGACUGAGAUUCUACCUCCCAUUGUGAUAGUAAAUCAAGGGCUACCUGUAGACUGUACUGUAGUAAUUUGACUUAGAAAUAACAAGGCUAGUCUGUUGUUGAAGCCUCGAUUCUAAGAGCCCGAACUGGCAGGAGGACUCCCAAACCAUGAAUACCUAUUGUUUAUUUCAAAUAUUUUUUAAAAAAGAGAGAUGAUUUAAUUAAUAAUUUUAUUAAUUUAUACUUUUCUGUUGUAUUUUUUUAAGAACAUGUGCUAUCUUAUUUUACUUGUUAAUGUAUCAGCUGUAGUUCUUGUAAGAAAUGUACAUGAAUGUACUUAAAUUGUUACUUCACUAUGUAUAUAAAUUCAUUAUCCAUUGAUUCUUUUCAAAUAUUGUAUGUGCAUAAAUCUAUCAGUAGGUAGACAUUUUAAUCAAUCUGCUACUUGUUAUAUGGUUGUGCCACUGGUACAUAAUUCUAUUCAAGUGAAGACUAUUCAGUGAAGACUAUUCAGGAGUUCCAAACUCUUCAGCUUUUACCAGUGUACUAUGGUUUAAUGCUGUGCCUUGCAGACAAAUGACAUGCUUCUAAAUUUAUAUAUCAAGAAGUUAAAAAUAAAUUUAAAAAAUAGAUAUUUCAUUUACAUUGUAUAAAAACUGUUUCUAAAGUUUUUUAGCAUGUCCCUGAGGAUAACCUGUGGGUUACAAAACAAUACAAAGCAAUUUGCAACCAUCUCUUUUUAAAUUAGACACAAUUUCAACUAGUGUACUCUCUGCAAAAGCAAUCUUGUAAAGUUUAUUAAGACAAUGGAGACACCUGAAAAAACUUCCUUUUUUAAAAAACAUUUUUUUAUUUUAAAACAAAAAUAAAACAUAAAAACAUCAUCAUUCCAAAAAGUUACAGACAGUAUAUUGAUCGGUUUGCAUCCUUUUGUGCUCCCUCCUCUCUUCAAAAUAUCACUAUACAUUCCCAGGGUUAUUUUCAAAUAUAUAUAAAAAAAGAAAAUCCACUUAAUUUGUCUCAGCAUCCACAUAUUUAUCUCCAUUUUUUAUUGGAGGGCCCGGAGGGUGGCGUCCCUCUGGUUGAAAUGUGCCCACCAGGCUUCAGAGCAUUCCAUCAGCCGAGGGCUCA